AUGGUCGCUCUUUCCCAUAUUCAGCUGAAUUUCAAUGAACGACAUGUUGUGGACGUUUGUCAAUACAAGCUCGUUUUGCCAAAUAUCCAUUGGCUGCAAGGAAACAAACCAAAACUUGCAGGGAACCUCAGGCGUCCUGUGCAGAAUACCAGAGUGGCUCCAGACACUCCAGAAUUUGGCAAUAACCGUCCAGCCAUUUCCAGGAAUUAUACAAGAUGGGAUGAUAGAAACACAAUUUGCUUCGCCCUGCAUCCUCUGAAAUAUUGGCCAUCUGACAAUGGCUUCAAAACCUCCAGCCAAGCUCAGUGUUCAAAUCACAAGUGUUUUGAAAUAUCGCCAGCCUCUGCAGAAUACGCCAGCAUGGAAUCUCCCUGUCAGCCCUACGGUCUACCGUACAAUAUUACAUCUCCGCGCGGCUGGUUAAUCAACUGGGCUUUUCUUCUUCGAAUACUUCUUCGAAUAACGCCUUUGAUGCGUUUUGUGUUCUUCCACACUCCACCUGGAUACGAAAGAUUACCAUCCAGCAUGGCGACAACGGAAGACGACAGCAAAGGGCACGGGGACCCCCAAGUCUCCCCCCAGUCGCCGCCUAAGCUGAGAGAUCCUCAGAUCUUUUCAGAUUCGACAAUGCAGGACGACGCCAACGACGCCAUCGACGAGGGUGCUCUUCCCAAGGGCACCUUCGACCCUGUAUACGAGGCCAAGGCCCGCGUGCUGAAUCGUGCCAUCCAAGACAUUGGAAUGGGCCGAUACCAGUGGCAGCUCUUCGUCGUGAUAGGCUUUGGCUGGGCGAGUGACAACCUCUGGCCAAUUGUUACAUCGCUUAUAUUGACCCCCGUCGCCGACGAAUUCUCCCCUGCGCAUCCGCAGCUGCUGACGCUCGCCCAGAACAUCGGCCUGCUGGUCGGGGCCAUCUUCUGGGGAUUUGGCUGCGAUAUCUUCGGUCGCCGGUGGGCGUUCAACCUGACUAUCGGUAUCACCGCCGUGUUUGGCCUUAUUGCGGCUGGCUCGCCCAAUUUCGGGGCCAUCUGCACGUUUGCGGCCCUCUGGUCGGUGGGAGUCGGCGGCAAUCUCCCUGUUGAUUCGGCCAUUUUCCUUGAGUUUUUGCCUGGAUCGCACCAGUACCUGCUGACGAUAUUGUCUGUUGACUGGGCGUUUGCGCAGCUUGUUGCAAACCUCGUUGCGUGGCCGCUGCUGGGCAACUUGACCUGUCAGCAGGACACCGUGUGCACACGCGAGAAGAACAUGGGCUGGCGAUACUUUAUGAUCUGCAUGGGCGGCCUGGCUAUGAUUAUGUUCGUCGUCCGGUUCGUCUUCUUCCGCAUCUACGAGUCUCCCAAGUACCUGAUGAGCAGAGGACGGGACGCGGAAGCCGUGGCGGUCAUUCACGAAGUCGCGCGACACAACGGCAAGACGUCGACCCUUACCCUCGAGGACCUGUCGAGGUUCGACGUCGAUGCCGAUCCCCAGACGCAGGGUGCCUUGACUUCGGCUUCUGCAGCGUUGAAACGCAAACUUGAACAGGUCAACUUUACACACAUCCGGUCGCUAUUCUCAUCCGUCAAACUGGUCAUCUCUACAUCACUGAUCACCGUCAUCUGGGCGUUCAUCGGCCUGGGUUUUCCUCUGUACAACGCCUUCCUGCCGUACAUCCAGGCGACGCGGGGCGCGGAAUUCGGCGACGGCUCGACGUACAUCACUUACCGGAACUCCCUGAUUAUCGCCGUGCUGGGCAUUCCCGGAUGCUUGCUGGGUGGACUGCUUGUGGAGUGGCCCAGACUUGGCCGAAAGGGGACGUUGUCGGUGUCGACGGCGCUGACGGGGGUUUUUCUGUUUGCGUCGACGACGGCGCUGAAUUCGAACAGCCUCCUGGGCUGGAACUGUGCCUACAAUUUUAUGUCCAACAUCAUGUACGCCGUGCUGUACGCCUACACGCCCGAGGUUUUCCCGACCAAGGACCGCGGCACGGGCAAUGCCAUUACAGCGUCGGCGAACCGCAUCUUCGGCAUCAUGGCCCCGAUUGUCGCCAUGUUUGCCAAUCUGCAGACUGCCGUUCCAGUGUACGUGAGCGGCGCACUGUUUAUCGCUGCAGGGGUCAUUGCCAUUGUGUUGCCGUUUGAGUCGAGAGGGAAGGCCAGUUUGUAA